UUGUAUCCUAGCUUAAAUGUGAACGUUCAAUAUUUUUGGGUAUUCAACACAUACAAAGUAGUAAAACAUAUGGACAGGGAACUAUAUUUAGCUCUCACUGAAGAUGGCAUUGAUGUCCUAAAGGAGAAAGACUGGCUUCAAGCACGUGAUCAAAUGACACCUACAAAUAAUUCGGUGCUUCAUGUUGCAUGCCAACACGGGAGUCACAAAUGCGUGCAAGAGAUACUUGAACGUGCGGAUGAAUCACUACUAUUACAGACCAACUCGAGAGGUGAGACAGCUCUUCAUCUAGCAGCAAGACAGGGGCACUUUGACUCUGUUGAAGCACUUAUUAGUAAGGCCAAGUCUUCGGACCACCAACCUAAUGAUCUGGAAAACACAACUACGCUUCUGCAAAAGCUGAUUAGAGCUUCGAAUGUGGAAUUUGAAACUGCCUUGCAUGCGGCUGUUCGAUACAAUCAGAAGAAAGUAGUUAGACUGUUAGUAAAAGAAAAUUCAGGUUAUUCGUAUUCUCGGAACAAGUCUGAUGAAACUCCACUUUACUUGGCUGCCGCUAGGGGUUACGGGGGUGUCACCAAAGUAAUUCUUAAGAAGUGUGAAUCACCAACAUUCGGGGGUCCCCACUUUACGGGGUUUGUGACUUGGCUGGCUUACAUAUAAGCACCUCUGUUUAGAUGGUAAUUAUCAAUUUUGUGAUGAUAUGACAAAAUGCAUGAGAUUUCUAUUGAGAAGCAACUCAGACCUCAUCAAGGUAUUAGAUGAUAAUGGAAAUGGACAGCGUUUCAUUUUGCGGCAGACAACAAUCUUCGGCGUUCUAUUGGAUUUUUAUUGGAUGCCAACAGAAGUGUGGCAUAUAUAGCAGAUAAAAAAGAUAAGAUGACGCCUCUUCAUGUAGCAGCAUAUAAAGGAUACACGAAGGUGAUAAAGAAACUUUUAAAGUAUUUGCCGGAUAUUGUGGAUAGUGUAGAUGGAAGUGGUCAAAAUAUUUUCCACAUAGCCCUGAAGCAAAACCAAGACUCCCUUUUGAAAUUCAUUUUAUCAAAAACUUGGAAAUUUGAUACUUUAAAUACACUCAUCAUACAAAAAGACAAGGAAGGGAAUACGCCACUUCACCUAGUUGGCAAGCUUGGAUAUCAUAUUCCUGGAUUGCCGCAAUGGAUACAGAAGAUUGACCAAGAAGUAGUAGACGACACCAAUUUGACUCCAGCAGAAGCGCUUUAUCAGUAUUAUUCUCCAAUCUUAAGGGAUGAUGAGGUACGUACUGGCGGUAAGAUACCAAAGAUGGAUCGAUCUGAUCUAAGAGGUUUCAAAGAAAGGAUCGAGAUACAAAGACAAAGGGCGAACACACAUAUGGUAGUGGCUGCACUUGUGACCACAGUAGCCUUAACAGCAGGCUUCGCCAUGCCAGGUGGUUUUAACGGCAAUCUGGGACCCGAUCAAGGGUCCCCAUUACUUCUAAGAAAGCCCGCCUUUAAUAUAUUUGUGGUUGCAGAUACGGUUGCUCUCUUAUUCUCGAUUUCCUCUCUGUUUCUUUACUUCUCAUUAUCAUUCCAUCCGAAGAAGAAGGCCUUUUUUACGUUGUUCGCAUUGGCUGUAGUGUUCAACAUUGCAUCAAUUGUAGCAAUGAUGGUGGCUUUUAUUGCAGGGACUUAUGGUGUACUGUCACACUCCUUAGUUCUGGCCAUUUGUGUUUGUAGCCUCUCUUCUUUAUUCUUUCUCCUUGUCUUUCCUCUUAGCUUUAGAACUUCAAUAAACAUGUUAACAGUUCCUAUAGUUCUAUCACGUUCGUGGCUUCGCCAGUUGUAUCGCAAUGUUAGAAAUCGGUACCGAAAUUCGGGUAUUGUGUGGAGGUGGCGACACUGGGGUAUUGUCAGGAAACCAUGCCAACCAGCGAGCCCUGUUUGUACAAACUUAGUCUGAACUGUAAAAUAAUGCUUUCAUGAAUUUUAUUCUGUCAAGCACAUUUUAAUAAUAUUACAAGAUGAUCCUUUGUGUGCGGCAAUUAAAUGAAAUCUACUACCCCAUUUUUGUA